AUGUUCGAGGCAGACAAAGCUGCUGCUACCUAUAUUGAGCGUGACAAACACCUUGUACGUCACACUCCAGCUUGCGAUCGAGAAGGCCAAGACUUUGUGUUUCAAGAUCCUCUCCAAGCCUGCUGGGAAAGUUUGGAAAGCUAUCGUCCACCAUUGAUGAAAGAAGACCUGACCAAGCUUACCUCGAAACCGGACUUUUUGCAGAGACUCCCCCCAGAGCUCGUUUCCAAGGUGGUUCAAUACUUACCUACAGCAGACUUGCAUCGACUAAGAGCUGUGAGUCUCACGGCAUUUUUCGCAACACCCCCAAGCUUUUGGAAAAGUCGCCUUCAAUCCGAUAUGCCGUACGCUGGACUUAUCAGAGGAAAGGCCAACCCUACAUUUGAGGUCAACUAUAAGCACGUGAAACAAGUUGUGACGCAUGGAAGUGGACCAGCUGCUGCGUCAUUGCGGAAUCUGCAUCGAAUAGGGAAACACGCCCUCGAAGUAAUAGACAUCAUCUCGUCAAAUUUGGCAACUAAUCCAAGGAGAUCGAUCAAGAUUGCCUUACCAACCCCACCUCUGAAUGUCUCGUUGCUCUAUGUCGGCCAGACAACCUUUGUCACUGGCCUAUGGUCAUCCAACGAUGAUUCCUUUUCGUGUGGAAACCACUUUCGUGGCCAGCCAGUUCAAUUCCUACCUGGAGGUCCUUGCUCCGGCAGAUUUAUGUUCUUUGGGAAAGAGGGCGGAUUUAUUGGCCUUGGAUUCAAAGGAUGUGAGUCAAAUCAAGCGCAUGUCGCUGGUCAGAAGUCUGGGCCUUGUACGUAUCAGGGUCUAAGCCCAUACAAGAAAGGUGACAUAUUGUAUCUUGAAUUUGAUAGUAUUAAACUUAAAUCAGUCAAAAUCGGACCGGAAGAUCAACUGGAAUCUCCAUCACUGUGGAUGCCACAUUUACCAACUUGUCACACUAUUGACAUUUCUACCAAAUUCCAACCACAAGAUGCAGAGCCUCGACAUCUUUGUUAUUUUGGGAAUCCAAGAGCAGGACUUCUGGGAAAGUUAGUCCAAAUAAAUGCAUUCUACACGAACGACCGCGAAGCUAUUACUGGAUUGGAAUUUAUGUAUUGUGAUGGCCAUUCACUGCGAUGGGGCUCCUGCUUUGGUACAUGUUACUGCAGAGUCAUUGAUGGCCCAAGUGGUGAACGCGUUACCACUCUAAAAGCUGUGGAGAUGGAUCACGGCAUUGGAACAAUCAUGCUAUGCACCAAUGCCCAACGGCUGCUAGUUUUCACCUCAGCUUCGCCUUUAGUUCCUCUCACAGCAAAUACUACAGGUCAGGAUCUAGACAAGAAGGGGGAGGCAAUUAUUACCGGUGUAUAUGGGCUUUUCCGCCACUCCUCGAGGUUCUUUCCCCAUGCUUCAUAUUCAAAAACCAUUGGCAUUCUUUCAGAAUCUUUAAGUGCUCCAGCAAUUGUCUCGAAGCAAGAUGUAACAGGGGAUGGAAACAUUCCAAGAAGUGCCCUCCAAGACUUAGCACAAUCCUUAUGGAAAGCAUGCAUAUCAUCGGCUUCUAUGGAAAACGUCCACAAAAUUGCAGUAUGCAUCAAUAUCCAUGGACGGGUAACCGGUAUGAAAUUCAGCUACGGUAGUCAGACACUAGACAGCAUUCUUGCAGAUUUCCGAAGAGAUGGCAGGAAAACUGAGGAGCAAGAUCUGGCUUUCGGAGAAGAGUGCACCAGCAAGUGGUUAUACUGGAUUUACAACGCUCUGUACGAUUGUUUACUUGCAAAUUUCGAAACAACCUCUACGUCAUAA